AUGUCUGGACGCGGGAAGCAGGGGGGUAAGGCACGCGCCAAAGCUAAAUCUCGGUCAUCUAGAGCAGGCCUACAGUUCCCUGUAGGUCGAAUCCAUCGCCUGCUUCGUAAAGGCAACUAUGCUGAGCGGAUUGGGGGUGGCGCGCCGGUGUACCUGGCAGCGGUGCUGGAAUACCUGACUGCUGAGAUAUUAGAGCUGGCAGGUAACGCUUCUCGCGACAAUAAGAAGACCCGCAUUAUCCCGCGCCAUCUGCAGCUGGCCAUCCGUAACGACGAGGAGCUCAACAAGUUGUUGGGCGGCGUCACCAUCGCGCAGGGCGGCGUCUUGCCCAACAUCCAGGCGGUGCUACUGCCCAAGAAGACUGAGAGUCACCACCACAAGGUCCAGAGCAAGUAA